AUGGGCCAUCAAGAGAAGGGCUACACGCCCGUGUUUUCAGAUGAGAGAUCCGCAUCGAGUCUCGAUAAUGUUGAGGUUGAGCUGUCGCAAGCUCGAUCGAAGCAGCCGUCACGGUGGCACAGGUUCAGAUCAUGGACACUUCAUACUAUCUUGAUCACAGCAUACUCAACGAUCUUCUUCCUUUCAAUGGCCCGGAGCAGGCAGAGUCAUGGGCACCCCCAAGAGCCAUCGGUGACGAGACUCAUCUUGAAGUCUUCCCCAUUCAAGGGCCUCCACACGGAAAAUACACUGGAGAACCUCGGCCUGAAGUUGAUCAGGCUUGGAAAGAUUUGCUGCAAUGUCCACAACAAUAUCAGAGUCUCAGAUCAAUGGGUGCACCGCUGGGGCCGAGAGCACGAAGCUGUAAAUCUUCCAGAUGGCGGAUACCUGGGCAUGUUGAGCGUUUUCCAUGAGCUUCACUGCAUCAAACGGCUGUAUCAGACUCUGUCACCCGAGUAUUAUUUCCCGAACGCAACGGACAAAGAGAUCGCGAUCAACAAAGAGCACAAUCAGCACUGUCUGGAGGUGCUUAGAAUGGGAGCGGCAUGUCGGGGCGACAUAUCCAUCAUAACUCACAUGUGGACCGACAAAGAUGCCCAGCCCAUCGUCAAUCAGACAGCGCCUCACCAAUGUGUGGAUUUCAAUAAGGUCAUGGAGUACUCGCGAGACAAUGCCGUGGAUGUUUAUCAGGACAACUACAUUGUCCAUCCAAAGUUCGGCCCCUCGUUCCCUCAUGGGCAUAGCAUCAAACCGUUCAAAGAGCAGGAAAUGGGACAUCACCACUGA